AUGGAGAUUGAAGAUGCCCCGUAUACGCAAGAAUCGAGCCUUUUAUAUCGAAGGAAAACAUAUAAAAAGCUUCCCUAUCCAAAGGCUGUGGGGUUCAUCAUAACAAAUGAGUUUUGCGAGAGGUUUUCUUAUUAUGGAAUGCGAACAAUUUUAUCGUUGUACCUGCGCGACAAACUGGGUUAUGGAGACGACAGCGCCACGGUUGUUUAUCACGUUUUUACGAUGUUUGCUUACUUUUUCCCCUUAAUUGGUGCCAUGAUUGCCGAUGGCUGGCUAGGACGCUUCAGGACAAUAUUCUACCUUUCUCUGGUGUACGCAACAGGAUGCGCCCUAAUAUCGGUGGCAGCAAUGCCUCCAGUCCAGUUACCUCAACUAGAGUUUACCAUACUGGCGCUACUCUUUAUAGCAUUUGGUACCGGCGGUAUCAAACCAUGCGUUUCUGCAUUCGGCGGCGACCAGUUCAAGCUGCCGGAACAAGAGAGAUACUUGGGAUACUUCUUCUCGCUCUUCUAUUUCGCUAUCAACGCUGGAAGUCUAAUAUCUACCUUCCUCACUCCGAUUCUAAGGGCAGACGUACAUUGCUUCGGAGACAACGAUUGUUAUUCUUUAGCCUUUGGAGUUCCAGGGAUUCUUAUGGUCAUUUCUAUUAUAUUUUUUGUUGCCGGCAAAAGGCUUUAUGUAAUGAAAACUCCAACUGGAAACGUUUUGGCCAAAGUGUCAUCGUGCAUCGGGCAUGCAGUCGUAAGGUCUACAAAAACUAAUGAAAAAAGGGAGCAUUGGCUGGACCAUGCCGAUGACAAAUAUGACGCUAAUCUGAUAGAAGAUGUAAAGUCCUUGCUACGUGUGCUUGUGCUAUUUAUACCUUUACCAGUAUUUUGGGCUCUGUUCGACCAACAGGGUUCGAGAUGGACUUUUCAAGCUGACAGAAUGGAACAGGAUAUUGGAGGUUGGACACUAAAAGCAGAUCAAAUGCAAGUUUUGAAUCCGUUUUUAAUUCUAAUCUUUAUUCCUCUGUUCGAAGUGGCAAUAUAUCCUUUUCUUACAUGGUGUAAACUUGUGAGAAAGCCUUUGCACAAAAUGAUCUUAGGUGGGCUACUUGCCGCUUGUGCAUUUAUUAUAUCAGGAAUAGUUGAACUCAAUCUUUUGCCUACUUACGGCACCCCAGUUUCUGAGGGGUUGGCACAACUUAGGGUGUACAACGGCUACGAUUGUAAUUUUACCUUAAAUAUGUCCCGUGAUAAUAUUACGGAAAAUGCUAUGAUCGGACCAUUAGGCAUAUAUGAAAAAUUGGACAUCAAGGCUGAAGGAUCUAUACAAUUACCAUACUCCCUUCGUGGAACACCUAACAGUGUAUGUGAAAAUAUAACGUUUAAUGACGUCUUUUAUUUAAAAGAUAAAACAGCAAAUUCUUAUUUUAUCGGUAAUGAAAAUUUGUACGAUUUUAUGGACAAUAACAACAAAGCCAUAGAUGGUGUUAGUAUCAGAUUCUUAUCUAACCUAAAUGCUCCAGUAACAAUAAAUGUGCAAAGGAGUAAUAACAAAACUAAUAUUGCUAUAGAGAGUACCGAUAAAUUACAAAAAUCAAUUGCAAAAGGAACAUACAAUGUCAUGAUUGAUGAUGUCGCUGUUUUAUCGGACUUUCAAUUUAAGGCUGGGGCUGUAUACACAAUUAUUAUAUACGAAACAAGCAACAGAACUUACAUAGCCAACGCAAUAGCUAUUACUCCUCCGAAUAGCGUGCACAUUUUGUGGUUAGUCCCGCAAUAUGUGGUGAUGACUAUGGGUGAAGUUAUGUUCUCAGUGACGGGUCUCGAGUUUUCCUUCACGCAAGCUCCUGCCAGCAUGAAAUCUGUGCUACAAUCAAUAUGGCUACUUACGGUUGCCUUCGGUAACCUUAUUGUAGUACUCAUUGUCGAAGGAAACUUUCUGGACGCUCAAUGGAAGGAGUUCUUCCUGUUUGCGGGACUGAUGUUAUUGGAUAUGUUAAUAUUCACGACCAUGGCGUUCAGAUAUAAAUACGUGGAGCUCAAAUCUAGCACAGAAGACUUGGCUGUGGAAGAAAUCAAGUUACCUGACAAGCCAAGCAUACAGCGAAUAGAAAAU